AUGAGGAUACUCAUCCUGGGCCUAGAUGGAGCUGGAAAAACUACUAUUUUAUACAGGCUUCAAGUGGGUGAGGUGGUCACCACGAUUCCCACCAUUGGCUUCAAUGUGGAGCAGGUGACCUACAACAACCUGAAGUUUCAAGUGCCGUACUGGCGCUGCUACUACUCCAACACGGACGCCAUCAUCUAUGUGGUGGACUCUGCUGACCGCGACCGCAUGGGCAUCUCCAAACAGGAGCUGGAGGAGGAGCUGAGGGGCGCCAUAUUGGCAGUCCUAGCCAAUAAGCAGGAUAUGGAGGGCGCCAUGUCCGUGGCCGAGGUCUACUCGGCACUCGGCCUGGAGGCGCUAAAGACGCGAACCUUCCAAAUUUUCAAGACGUCAGCGAUCAAAGGAGAGGGCCUCGACCAGGCCAUGGACUGGCUAGCCAAUGCGCUGCAGGCCAAGAAGUGA